AUGCCCGUGUCGCAGCGUAAACGACGUGCAACUGGCAGGGAUUUUAGUGGCGUUUUUGAAAAAAUUCGCCGAUUACGAGAAACGGGAGGCUCUCGUGCACAGGAGUAUGAGAUUCAAGAGCCAGAGCCAAUUUACAUCGAAGUUGAUGAGGAAGAAUAUCAAGAGCAUCUUAAAGAAAGAGAAAAAGACAAUUUCAUCGAAGAUGAUGAUGGCAAAGCAAAUUUAUUUGCUGAAGAUGAUUUGGGAAAAGAAUAUUCAGAUGAAUCUGAUUACGAUGAUCGUUCAAUGGAUGGAAAAGGGAAAAAGAAUCAAAAGUUUGAGGAUGAGGCAGAGGUUCGACCGAAUGCAAGGCUUAAUAGUUUUUUUCAGCGGGCUGCCGCCACGCAAAACUCAAAACCAAAAAUAAUUAAGUCAACUGAAGAAGAAACUGCGUUUUUAUCUGACCUUUUAAAAGAUCUGGAUGACGAUAGCGACGAACAGGAUGAUUCAGAUUUGUACAAACCAUUAGCUGCCGAUCAAACGGACGUAAUGAUGAUGGUAAAAAAUUUAGAUGAUGAUACCGAGGGACAAGAUAAUUUGGAUUCGUAUGAACCAUUAGUUUCCGAUCAAACGGACGUAAUAAUGACGGUAAAUGAUUUAGAUGAUGAUACCGAAAAACAAGACAAUUCAGAUUUGUAUGACCCAUUAGUUGUCGAUCAAAUGGACGAAAUAAUGACGGUGAAAGAUUUAGAUGACGAUACCGAAAAACAGGACAAUUCAGAUUUGUAUGACCCAUUAAUUGCCGAUCAAACAGACGUAAUAAUGAUGGAUUUGGAGAAUGACAAAGAUCAAAGCAACUUGGAUAUCUCUUCUAACGAUCAGCAAGUGGACAAAGAAUUUGACCAUGGUAAUGGUUGUAGAAUGUUCUGGAUUGAUGCGUAUGAAAAACAGGGGAAUGUGCAUCUUUUUGGAAAAAUCUUUGAUAAAGAUGCCAAUUUGUAUGUGAGUUGCUGCCUAAUCGUUAAGAAUAUUGAUCGGAACAUUUUCGUUUUGCCAAGACAGUAUAAACUUGAUGAUAAAGGAAACGAAACCAACAUCAAAGUCACUAUGGAUGAUGUUUUCGAAGAAAUUGAAUCUUUGAGGCAUAAAUACAGAAUUCCUAAAAUCGCGACUAAGACCGUUUCGCGAAAAUAUGCAUUUGAGUUGUCUGACGUACCUGUUCAGUCAGAUUAUUUAAAAGUGGUGUAUUCGUUCUCAUACCCUUCAUAUCCAAGCGAUUUAAGUGGAAAAACCUUUAGUCGUAUAUUUGGAACGCAAUCUUCUGCAGCUGAAUUGUUCUUGAUUAAACGGAAAAUCAAGGGUCCCUGUUGGCUUGAGAUUGAAGGUGCCCAAGAACAAACUGCUAAGGUUUCCUGGUGUAAGCGUGAAUUAUUCGUUAAAGAUCCGAAAAAUGUAAACCCCUUAAAGGAAACAAUACCAUUGAAAUCUCCACCUUUGACGAUAAUGUCAUUGAGUUUACGUAACAUAAUGAAUCAUCAAAAGCGAGCAAAUGAAAUAGUUGCCUUUAGUGUGCGAGUUUAUCCUAAAGUUUUUUUGGAUAGACCAAUUUGCGUAAAGGAGCUCCCAUCAAUUCAGCAAACAUCGAUUAGACAAUUAAACGAUAAACCGUGGUGGCCUGCACAAUUUGAAGAUAUGGUGCAAGGAAACAAAAAUAAAUUAAAUCUGACUUUGGAAAAGAAUGAAUACUCUUUAUUAAACCGCUUUUUAGCCAUUAUUAAGCGGAAUGAUCCGGAUGUUCUAGUUGGACAUAAUAUCAUUGGAUUUGAGUUGCCCAUCUUAUUGCAACGAAUGGAAGCAUUGAAAGUUAGAGACUGGUCCUGGAUUGGAAGGCUCCACAGACAAAUUAUUCGCACAAGUAGUAAAGGUGACAUGGCAUUUAAAGAUAGAGAUUUUGUAAGCGGUCGAUUAAUAUGCGAUACAUUAUUCAGUGCAAAGGAUCUCAUUAAAUCAAAAAAUUACUCUUUAACUGAAUUGGCACUAUCACAAUUAGGUGUCAAGCGAAAAGAUGUUGAUUGUGAGAAAGUUGUAGCAAAAUAUGAACGGGCCGAUACUCUGUUUGAUUUUGUUCUUCAUUGUCGCUACGAUUCAGUUCUUACGUCAGAAUUGAUGUUUAAGCUGCAGAUACUACCACUAACCAAACAGCUUACUAAUUUGGCUGGAAAUAUUUGGUCCAAAUCUCUCACCACUGCCAGUAGAGCUGCCCGCAAUGAAUAUCUAUUAUUACAUGAAUUUCACCAGAAUAAAUAUAUCUGUCCGGACAAGAAUUAUAAUAACAAAUCAAACAUAAAGAAUGCAGAAAAAGCUGCCGGGGGCGAUGAAGAGGAUGAAGGAGUUGAUACUAUUGUAAACGGAUCACGGAAAAAAUCAAACUAUGCAGGAGGGCUUGUCUUAGAACCUAAAAAAGGGUUUUAUGACAAGUACGUGGUCAUGCUGGAUUUCAAUAGUUUAUAUCCAUCAAUUAUUCAAGAGUAUAACAUUUGCUUCACUACGAUUGGACGAACUGGCAAGGAAACGGAUGAUUUACUUCCUGACCUUCCUGAACCUGAUUUGCCUCAGGGGAUUCUUCCUAAACUAAUAGCAAAUCUAGUUAAUAAAAGGAAGUUGGUUAAAAACUUGAUGAAAGAUCCAAAAGCAUCGCCUGGUGAUCUCGCACAGUAUGAUAUUCGUCAGAAAGCUCUUAAACUUACGGCAAACAGCAUGUAUGGUUGUUUGGGCUAUCCCCUAUCCCGAUUUUAUGCGAAAGCUUUGGCCAUGUUAAUCACUUCUAAAGGCCGGGAAAUCCUCCAAGAUACUGUUAAUUUGGCGGAAGGUGAAGGCAUGGAGGUUAUAUAUGGAGACACAGAUUCAAUAAUGAUCCACACCAACACCACAGAUCUACAUGAAGCAUCUGAAAUAGGAAGGAUGUUAAAAAAAAAGGUUAACCAACAAUAUAAACUGCUUGAGAUCGAAAUGGAUGGGUUUUUUGAAAAGAUGCUACUUCUGAAAAAGAAAAAAUAUGCUGCCGUUAUUGUUGAAGAGAAUAAUGGAAUUUUGACACGAUCUUAUGAGACAAAAGGUAUCGAUCUGGUCAGAAGAGAUUGGUGUGAACUGAAUCUCACUAAAGCGCCGGAGGCAUAUGCUGAUAUUAAAAGUCAACCACAUGUGCAAGUUGCAUUACGGAUGAAAAACAAAGGAAUGAGCGCUCGACAAGGAGAUACCAUUCCUUACGUAAUAUGCAUUAGAACAGAUGAAAAUGAUAUAACUAGUAAAAAUCUUGCCGACAAAGCAUUCCAUCCAGAUGAAAUCCGAAAAGAAGACUCUAAUUUACAACCUGAUUUUGAAUGGUACUUGAACCAACAAAUUCACGCAGCCGUCGCUAGAUUGUGUGAACAUAUUGAGGGAACGAGCAGUGUAAAGAUUGCCGAAUGUUUAGGACUUGAUAAAUCAAAAUUCGUGCCAACAGUGAGUAAUAGCACGUACAAUACAUAUAACUCUCAGAUUACUGAUGAGGAACGCUUUAAACAUGUUGACAAAUUGAUGAUAAAAUGUAUUCAUUGUCGAGAAUCUUACACGUUUGAAGGAUUCAAUUCUAUCACGGGGCACUUGUUGGACGAAACUGGAUUUUAUUGUGGCAAUCCUAAUUGUAUGAGAGCACUACCAACUUCAUCAAUACUUGCGCAACUUACUUGCAGUAUUCGGUCUCAAAUAAAAAAAUUUUAUGACGGCUGGAAUAUAUGUGAAGAUCCUACAUGCAGAUAUCGAACAAGAAAUAUAGCGAGAACAAGAUGUACACAAGGAUGCCGUGGGAAAAUGGUGGCCGAGUUUUCCGAGUAUAGGUUAUAUAAUCAGCUUACUUACUAUGCACAUUUAUUUGAUGUGGAUAAAAUCAAAAUUACGUCGCAGACGCCAUUAAAUAUUGGCGAUAAUGUAAUGUCACAAAUAAAGCGGCUUAAUUCACUUGCAGAAAGAUAUUUGACAAAAUCCGGAUACGGGAAUAUAAAAUUAGG